AGUCGUUUGUUCCUUUCCUGCUUUUGAUGAUUGACCCGUUCCGCCGCCUCUCUUCUUCAAGGGAAGACUUUAAAUGGAAGACUUGACGUGACAGAAAGAAGCAGCAAAAGCUUCGGCGGGUUUAUUUUGCCUCGCUGAACAAAGUGAUGCAAAUGGAGCGUUUUGGAAGUGAGUAACCGAAGACUUGAUCCAUCUCUGAGACAGACGAGCUGCGAAAGAAGCAGGAGAUUCCCAACACCGUUUUGGGGUUAAAGGAAACGAGACGCUGAACCGUGACUCUUCCGGACUCCAGGCGUCCCCGGCGGUCUCCCUCUGCGCUCCGUCCGUCCCAUCUGUACUUCUCCUCUGCGUCUCGGGGCUCCGCUCCCUCGACCGAAGCUCAGCCAUGCAGGUGUCCAUCGCCUGCACGGACCACAACCUGACGAGGGGCAACGGGGACCACAGCAAGCAGAGCGGCAGCAGCCCCAACGUGGUGAACCAAGACAGGGCCAAGUUCCGCACCGUGGCCAUCAUCGCGCGCAGCUUCGGCUCCUUCACCCCACGGCACAUCUCCCUCAAGGAGUCCACGGGGAAACACACGGGCAUGAAGUACAGGAACCUCGGAAAGUCAGGACUCAGAGUAUCUUGCUUGGGGCUGGGUACAUGGGUGACAUUUGGAGGGCAGAUAACAGACGAGGUUGCCGAGCAGCUGAUGACCAUUGCCUAUGAGAGUGGAGUCAACCUGUUCGACACAGCUGAGGUCUACGCAGGCGGCAGGGCCGAAGUCAUUCUAGGAAACAUUAUCAAGAAGAAGUGCUGGAGGCGAUCCAGUAUGGUCAUUACAACUAAACUCUUCUGGGGAGGAAAAGCCGAGACAGAAAGAGGACUGUCCAGGAAACACAUUAUUGAAGGUCUCACAGGCUCUUUACAGAGGAUGCAGCUGGAGUAUGUAGAUAUAGUUUUUGCCAACCGCCCUGACAGCAAUACUCCCAUGGAGGAGAUUGUGCGCGCCAUGACCUACGUGAUCAACCAAGGAAUGGCGAUGUACUGGGGCACGUCUCGGUGGAUGUCCAUGGAGAUCAUGGAGGCGUAUUCAGUGGCAAGACAGUUUAAUCUUAUCCCUCCAGUGUGUGAGCAGGCAGAGUAUCAUCUCUUCCAGAGGGAGAAGGUAGAAGUGCAACUACCUGAACUUUACCACAAGAUAGGAAUUGGAGCGAUGACGUGGUCACCGUUGGCGUGCGGCAUCAUCACGGGAAAAUAUGAAAAUGGCAUUCCUGAAUCCUCCAGGGCUUCCUUGAAGUCGUAUCAAUGGUUGAAGGAGAAAAUAGUAAGUGAGGAUGGAAAGAAGCAGCAAGCCAAGCUGAAAGAGCUCAACCACAUUGCAGAGAAGAUGAGCUGCACUCUGCCUCAGCUGGCUGUUGCCUGGUGUCUUAGAAAUGAAGGAGUGAGCUCCGUUCUCCUGGGAACAUCCAACCCUGAGCAGCUCACUGAGAACCUCGGGGCCAUCCAGGUCCUUCCGAAGAUGACCUCUCAUGUGGUGUCUGAGAUCGACCACAUCCUGGGCAACAGGCCGUACAGGAAGAAGGACUACCGCUCUUAGACCUGGCUGGUGGACUCAGCGAGAGGUUCGCCCUCCUCCUCACCGACCUACUUAAGCAUCCUGCUACCAUGGACCCACCGCUCAAUGUUUAAGUCCAUGGUUCUCUCCUUGGGAACCCACUCAGCUCCAGCCCACUCCAGCCUGGAACAGACCGCCUUGCUCGGCCCAGCGUUGUCCCGCUCAGAUCGGGUUCAUCUCAGGUCCAGUGCAGCUCAGCCAAGAGACGCUUAACAAACUCCGCUUUUUUUGCAGCCUCAAAACGCGACUUUGUCCAUCCGAAUGACCCGAAACGUUGUACCCCUCCCCCGACCCAAUGUGUUUUUCGUUCAGCGCUGGACCGUUUAAAUAUAUCUAUGCAGAGCUUAGUCUUACCCAUGACCACAUAACGGUUACAUAGAUGGAUAUCGAUAUACUAUAGGAUACAUAUGCACACAAUGUUACACAUUUACAGCUGGGAUUUCAGCAGGACAGUAUGAAAAGCCCUGCAGGACUAUUUCAAGUGAACGUGCCUUGCUCAAGGGCACCUUGGUAGAGUUACUUAUUCCCUUUUCUUACCUACAUCCCCCCCCCCCCCCAAUGACUCAGACCCUCAGGUCUCAACCCUCCUCUUUCGUGCCCAGACUUCCACCUACAAGUCACUUACUUUGAGCACUAAAUUCAUACUGAGCACAUAUUUUAUUCAUGAGAAUUGCUGUACCACAAGCUGAACACAUCAAUACAAGCACCUUCGGUAGCCUAGGAAAGUAGACAUGGAGACGUUUUAAUUUGCAUAA